AUGUCCGCUUCCGAAGCAGCUACGACCGACUCGACUCGCACAGGUUCGAUGUUCUUGUGGAAGGGAAGACGUGACGGUGCUCGAUCUCCGACGCCAUAUCCUGAAAAGCAUUUCGUCAGGUGGAGCUCGGAAGAGAUCCUCACUGCCAGGAUUCACGGCGCUCCCUGCGGCUCUGAUCGGCUCGACUCGGCAGACCCAUCGCCACCUUACAAGGGCAAGGAUUUCGAUCUCGAAUUGACAAACAAAUCAUCGCUUCGAAGACCUCGACAUGCACCAUUUCUGAACUUUAGGGGAAAGUAUAAAGGAAAGCUGGAAGUGGAGGAGUCAGAAGCUGAGCUUGAGGACAUCGAGUUGCGUUUCUUGUUGCUGAUUAUCAGCAGUCGGUGA